CUGAUCAACUGAUCGUCAUCAAGGCCAAAAUACCUAUACAUCAGACCUGACUGUAUCGACCUGACCUCGGAUAGUCGAGUGGGAAUCUCUGUAGUCGCCCGGUCACCAAGCAAGCAGCUCUGCGACUUGAGAACCGACCAGUCAUCUAUCACGAUUCGCAACUUCCACGGUCUUCCCGUUCGCCAGCUUAUCACGUUUCCUUAACACAUAAGGAACUGAAAAGAAGGAAACCGAGACAUCCACCAUGGCUCCUGUCAACCGCCUAACAGAAUUCCGGACGGUGCUCCACACCACACAAUCGGCAGAAACGUCCAAAUACCCUCCUUCUUCCCGACCUGGUUCACCGAGCGUCGAAGGGAAUGGACUGUUAAGCAGGGCGAGACGAAGACGGAAGAGGCUGAGCGAGGAAGAGGUCAAGGAGCAGAAGGAGGAGAGAGAGUUCUUGGCCGAGGGGUAUCAGAUCCAUAAACACCUCACGGCGCUUUCAAAUCAUAUCAAACUUAUCCGGCGGGCAUACCUCUCUACCCAAGCCCCUCCCAUCUCUUCCCGUUCUCAAACGCCUAACCCCCAAUCUCGAGCUCGAGGUACAGGUGCAGAAGCGGAGGAUGACCCGGAACAGAGACGGUUGAGGGCGUUGGAGAGGGCCAAGGUCUUGACGGACAGGGAAAGGGAAGAGGUUGAUCUGAGAUGUAGAGUUGUUCUUCAGGGGUGCAGAGAGCGGGUCGGGGUCCUGGAGGUCAGAGAGAAGAUCCGGCAGAACAGGACGAAACCAUCAACGACAUCGUCUUUGCUGACUACCUUUCUACCCUCGCUUGCUACGGACGCUUUGUCGACGGGGAUAACACCUCAACAGAGAUCUACCAUCCUCACGGCGCACCACGCUUCCAUCCUCUGGUCUCUGAAUAAUUCGCUCUUGACACUUUCGGAUGUGGUCAGGGAGAUGCAAGAAGAACGAGGCAAGAUUAGGGAGGAGAGGGGGAAGAGUCUGGGUGGAAUGGUGGAUAAGGAAUUUGUAGGCGGGGGGUUGGGGAACGUCUUGACGCGGAGAAGGGUUGGAGGAGAUGGGAAACCUAUCCAGUUGACCAUACCUACGGCAUCGUUUGCCAAACCAACGGCCUCGAAAACAUCGGCGGUCGACCUGGAUCCCAGUGGGUCGAGCUCCAGCAACAACGACGAUAACGCCAUCACGCUCUCGGACCAGCAGAUCCAACAAUUCUCCAGCGAAAACGACACGCUCCUCGAAUCCAUGAAUACCACUCUCAACACCGUUCUUCGUGCCGAGAAAUCCCUCUUGGAGAUUUCUCAACUACAGUCGACCCUCAUCGCCCACCUGGCUACCCAGACCGAGGCGAUCGAGUUGCUCUACGACGAGGCGAUCGAGACGGUGGCCGACCUGGACAGAGCGAACACGCAAUUGAAAAAGGCCAAGGAGAGGGGGAAGGAAGGGAGGCUCUAUCUAGUGGUCUUUCUGAUCAUGGCCAGUUUGACCUUGUUGUUCUUGGAUUGGUAUAGUUGACGAGACGGACAUGUUGGUGUUUUUUAUGCACGAUGGGAUGUUGGUCGAUUGCCGUGCCGCGCCGCCGAUUCGGAGCAGCCGAAGCCGAUCUGGGUAAUGGCCGAGGCGAGGAUACGAAUGACUACUUUUAGCAAGAGAAGGCG